AUGCUGUCUAAGCUUUUGACAGCCUCGCUGCUUGCCAUUGGAGCUGCUGCCAUUCCUCUCGAGGGAGGCAUGGAGAAGCGCAGCUGUCCCGCCAUACACGUUUUCGGUGCCCGUGAAACCACCGCCUCUCCUGGAUAUGGCUCUUCUAGCACUGUGGUAAACGGAGUUCUCAGUGCCUAUUCGGGCUCAACUGCGGAGGCAAUUAGCUACCCUGCUUGCGGUGGACAAUCCUCUUGUGGAAGCGUCAGCUAUUCUAGCUCGGUCGCUCAGGGUAUCGCUGCUGUAGCAUCCGCGGUGAACUCCUUCAAUUCCCAAUGCCCAAGCACCAAACUGGUCUUGGUUGGCUACUCGCAGGGUGGCGAGAUCAUGGAUGCGGCCCUGUGCGGUGGCGGCGAUCCCAAUCAGGGAUACACCAACACCGCUGUGCAGCUUUCUUCAGCAGCUGUCAACAUGGUCAAGGCUGCAAUUUUCAUGGGCGAUCCGAUGUUCAGAGCGGGUCUGUCGUAUGAUGUUGGAACUUGUGCAGCUGGCGGUUUCGAUGAGCGCCCGGCUGGCUUUUCUUGCCCUUCCGCUAGUAAGAUUCAGUCUUACUGUGACGCUUCGGAUCCGUACUGCUGCAAUGGUAGCAAUGCGGCGACUCACCAAGGUUAUGGAUCUGAGUAUGGUUCUCAGGCUUUGGCCUUUAUCAAGACCAAGCUUGCUUAA